CACAAUGUCAAACCAGGGAUACGACGUGGUAGUGGACGUGGACGCCGAAGGCGACGACCUCGGACACACCGACCUUCAGGAGGACCUCGAGUUCCACCCAUCCAACUUCGAAAACGACCAACGCAACGCCAAAUCCCAUCCCGACAAUGCCGCCUUUCUAGGCAGCGGCGGAGGGUCAUCCUCCCGCCGCAACAGGUCUCCAGGAGGCACACCAACCAAGCACGCAUGGUGGUCAAUCCACUACUACGAGCAAUAUUUCGACGUGGACACCAAUGAGGUCCUCCGCCGCUGCGUGGCCUCUGUCUACCCGCGUAGCAACUUUCUCGACGUCCUCGAAGGCAAUGCAGACCUCUACGGCCCUUUCUGGAUCGCAACAACGGUUAUCGUGAUCCUCUUUCUUACAGGCACAAUUUCACAAUGGCUCUCGAACAACGACAAGGAGCACUUCAAGUACGACUUCACGCUGCUCUCUGGGGCGGCAGGCCUUGUCUACGGAUACACAUUUGCCUUGCCCAUUGCACUCUGGGGUGCCCUGAAGUGGUUCGGCAGCUCAACAGCUGAUCUGGUGGAGUGCUGGGCGCUCUACGGGUACUCGAAUUUGGUUUGGAUUGCGGUCGCGCUUGUUAGUUGGAGUCCGUUGACAGCGUUGAACUGGGCGCUUGUGGGGGUUGGCUUUGCAUGGACGGUCUUUUUCCUACUUAGAAAUCUGUAUCCUGUGCUUAGUGCGACGGAUGCGAAGGCUAGUCGGGCGCUGUUGAUAUUGGUCAUUGUGUUGCAUGCUGGGUUUGCGAUUGCGAUUAAGAUCUUGUUCUUCGCCCAUGGAAGCCCUGUUUCCAAGAAGGGUGAUAGUGAGAAGGGUCGCGAUGAUGAUAAGGACGACCAUGAUGACCACGACAAGCGCAUGUUCUGAAUGCAAGAUCUGUCCAGAUUGUUUGGUGGCUUCAAGAUAUCCGAACCCUGAAUUGCUCCGGCAGCAUUUCAGCACGUGUAUCCAAUUUGUGCAGUUUCAAGUCU